GUUUGCAUUGAAAGGCUCUUUGGUUUUGUAUCAAAAGCGUGCAGGUUUACAUUAAAAGAUGCAAAAGAUUGGCUUGAAUCAGCUGAUUGCCCUAAAGAAUGCCAUGUAAUAAUCAGCAACUUAAGCGGUACUAAAUGGUUUUCUUACGGAACGUUCUACACAGCCGUCUAUGAACUGAGAUCAAUAGAUCUUUGUUUCAAUGGUUUGAGUGAGAGUUUGAAGACAAUCAACAUAAGCUGCGAACGUUCAUUUGCAGAUAGUAGAAGUAUGACAGUUAUUUGCAAAUCAGGGUUUGAAAAUGCAAAAGAUUUGUGCACAUCAACUAAAAAGUGUGAAGAUGAAACUAAGACGUGCUUGUUGAAAGGACAGAUCGGUGUUUGUGUAUGCAAUCCUGGGUAUAUAGGAUUUAAAAACGAAUGUUUAGAAGGAAAUUUGACACUGAAUGGAACCUGCAAACGAAAUGAGCAGUGUUCUAUGGUAUUUGGCUCAGUUUGUCAGAAUAACACAUGUGUUUGUGGACUUGGGUAUAAAUCAUUGAAUGAUUCAAAAUGUUUGUUGCACUCUGAAAAUAGUGAUUUUGAAGCACGUGCCAUAGACAUGAGAGAAGAUACCGUAGUCGGUUUGAUGGUUGGAGCUGUUAUUGGUGGCCUUAUCUUAGGCAAUAUCCUUACUGUUCUAGGAGUUAUCAUCUACAAAAAUAUGAGAAACGGGAAACAUAAGGCUGGAAAAGAAGAAGAGCAGAUGGCUGCAGUUUUUGAAAACACUUCUUAUGAAACUGAAAGAGAAGCAGAUCAGAAUCGUUUUACCGAGCAACGAACAAAUGAGGUGAGAAAUUUACAAAAUAUUGAAUAG